AUGUAUGUACUACCUGUCAGCAUAACCUUUGUCUCUGUGGCGACUAUCACAGUGGCUCUACGGCUCUUUACACGCAUUCGCUUGGUGUGCGCGCCCUGGUGGGAUGAUUGGUUUCUGGUGCUUGCCCUGCUACAAAGUACUGACGUUAGACAGAAAAUGCCAACGGCCUGGGGAAGCCGAAAGAGUCUCUUACCUUGGCUCAAUAUCGAUUUCACCUCAAGACACUAUCAGAUAAUAUUGAAGAUACUGCUGGGAUUGGUCGCUCUCACCGGAAUGUACAUGGUGCUUGGCACGCUGUUCGUCUGCGUUCCGAUCCAUACGUUUUGGGAUCGACAAAAUGUGGAUGAGAAUUGUGUCUCGCGAGCGGUGGUGUGGUAUCUCACUGCUGCCCUCCAGAUCGCUGGAGACUUGACUCUUGUGAUUUUGCCUAUGCCCAAAUUGGUCAUGCUGCGCGUCCCUUUGAGGCAGAAGGUUUGCCUGAUAGUGGUAUUUGCUCUUGGGUUGUUUAUUGUCGCAACAAGUGCAGCCCGGAUCGACUCCCUGAUCACGCUCGUAAAUUCAAAAGACCUCACCAAAGCUAACGGCCUAAUCGCAACCUGGUCCUUGGUGGAAAUUAAUGUUGCGAUCAUCUGCGCAAGUCUGACAACAUUCAGACAGCUCAUUAUACAGAUAUUUCCAAUGCUCAUACCGUCUAGCAGCCUUAAAACGGGCAACCGCAGUGACAAGCAGCUGCAUGACCCGGGACUACGUUGGGCACCGUACAUGGGUCCAGCUAGCUACUGUGCUGAUAUUUCUGGAAAUGCGAGUGCGGAUCGGGACUCGGAUUCACAUACUGGCGAUGGCAUUCAGGUGAUGAGGGAGUUGAGAUGGGAGCUGGGAAUGACUGAUGCAGCCACUGAAACUGAGAGUGAGAAACGGAAUAAGGACCAGGAAUUGGCACUGGGACCGGACCUGGGGGGUCAGGCUGGAAAUGCACAACCAGAAAGACAGUCUGCGUGUACGCAUGAGUCUGCCGCCUAG